AUGGCCACUGUAUCUACAGCGCCGGCACCGGGGAUGCAUCAGAUCGAUUUAUCAAAGCUAAAUUUGAACCAGUUGGCUCAGCUGAAACAACAAUUAGAUCAAGAGCUCAAUGUGUUCCAAGACUCUCUUCAAACACUAAAAAUAGCUCAGCGUAAAUUUGUUGAAUCUGGGGAAAGCGUCGAAAAAAUUAAGCCUGAAACAAAAGGAAGAAGCAUUAUGGUUCCUCUUACUGGCUCCAUGUAUGUGCCUGGAACUAUAGCAGAUACAGAUAAUGUUAUAAUUGACGUAGGAACUGGUUACUAUGCUCAAAAAGAUAUUGAAGGAGCUAAGGAUUACUUCAAAAGAAAAGUAAAGUUUGUCACCGAACAAAUGGAAAAGAUUCAAGUGUUGGGUAUUGAAAAGACCAAGGUGCGAGAAGCAAUCUGCAUGAUGAUAGAAAUGAAACUACAGGCACAAGCACAAGCACAGAAAGCUUCAACAUCAUCAUAA